AGCAUCCUUCCCACAGCUGCUGCUAAAGCCGAGCCUUUAAGAGAUGAGCAUCCCGGAGUUCCUACUGGAAGUGUCCCUCGUGGUGAUAGCUGUUGUCUCGUUGUUGACAAACUUGUCAGUGCUGCUAUGUUUCACCCAGAGCGCCGACUUAAGGUCCCAUGUGCCUGGAAUCUUCGUCCUAAACCUGUCUUUCUCCAACAUCCUCCUCGCUCUCAUAAACAUGCCUGCCACUUUUCUCGGGGUGGCCAAACGCACAAAGCCCUUCGGGGACUUGUUCUGUCAAGCAGUCAGUUUUGGCGAGACUUUCCUCACCACUAACACCAUGUUGAGCAUGGCCGCGCUCAGCAUGGACAGGUGGAUAGCGGUGGUGUUUCCACUCAGUUACUCCAGCAAGAUGCGUUACAGGGAUGCUUUUUUGAUCGUGGCGUACUCCUGGCUGCACUCUCUCACCUUCUCUCUGACUCAGUUGCUGAUGGACUGGGGAGGUUACAGUCACACUUAUGCUACAUGUACAGUGCACCUGGACGGGGAGGAGAGGACGCAGCUGGCCGCCUAUGCGACCUUCACAGCGCUGUUCCACUGCAGCAGCUUUGCGCUCUGCCUCUUCGUCCUCUGCUUCGCCUACCUCAAAGUUUUGAGGGUGGCCAAGUCCCACUGCAAGAGGAUAGAUGUCAUCACAGUGCAGACUCUGCUUCUGCUGGUUGAUAUUCACCCAAGUGUGAAGGAGAGGUGUCUAUCUGAACAGAAGAAGAGGAGGCAGCGUGCCACCAAAAAAAUCUGCAUCUUCAUCGGCUCCUUCCUCCUCUGCUUUUCACCCUAUGUUAUAACAAGAUUGGUGGAGCUGUUGCCUUCUGUGCACAUCCCCCGGUACUGGGGCAUCACUACCAAAUGUCUGUCCUAUGCCAAGGCUUCCAGUGACCCGUUCGUCUAUUGUCUGCUGCGGCAACAGUACAGGAAGGUCCUGGUUAGUGUCAUCAGUCGGGUUAUGAGACAAAAUCCGUACUCGCUGUCUGUCCACAGCACAAGCAGCACACUGGACACCACAGAAGACACCUGUGUUGCUAGAAUAGCCUGA